GCGUUUGGCCCAUUAGAGCCCUAUUUAGGGUUUAUAGGAGAGAUCGUGGCGCGAUUCACGAUGGCGCUGCCGCUGCUGCCGCUGGCUCUCUCAAUUCUUCUCCUCUCGGCGAGCUCCGCACAGGCGCUGCGAUUCGUGAUCGACAGGAAGGAGUGCUUCGCUCAUCCGGUGGAGUAUGACGGCGAUUUGGUCCAUGUCUCGUACGUGGUGGUCAAAUCGGACAGUACCUGGGGAUUCGAGCAAGCCGGCGUGGAUCUAGUGGUCGAGGGGCCUGGAGGCAUUCAAGCCUACGAUGUUCGCAACAAGCCCGAGGAAAAGAGCCAGUUUGUGGCACAUAGCAAAGGCCUCUACAAGUUUUGCUUCCACAAUCUCUCUCCAGUUCACGAAACCAUUGCUUUCGACGUUUACGUUGGCCACUUUCCCCCGCCGGACGAUCAUGCAAAGGAUGACCACAUUGACCCACUGAUGGGACAGAUCGCGAGACUUGAGGAGGCUCUCUACAGUGUUUCUUUCGAGCAGCACUGGCUGCAAGCUCAGACUGAGCGUCAAUCCGUCUGUAAGUGCAUUGUCGCUUGGCUCUUAAAUUCGUUUUUGUUCUCUGUUUCCCGUCCAAGGGGAGUGACUGACUGGCUCGUGUUUGGACUCGGCUCCGGUUUUAUGGUGCUUGCAGUGAACAACGCAAUGAGCAAGCGAGUGGUUUAUAAAGCCGUGGUGGAGUCGGCGGCCUUGAUCUCUGCAAGCCUGCUCCAAGUCUAUUUACUGCGCAGGCUUUUCGAGAAGAGGUUUGCGAGCUCCAGGGUCUAGGUCUUCGCAAGAAAAGAAACAAAUAAAAGCUGGGAUAACGACACAAAGGAAAAAAGGAAUUGACGAAUUCACAUGGAUGAGGGGGGUGGCUGAAAGCGGCCUGCGGAAGGAUCUGGUUGGCCCCAAGCGAUCUCAUGCGUGGACAGCCUCGAAGAAUGGAUCGUUCGUCGUCUUUCAUCGUCCUCAAAGUCAUACUUAGCUGCAAGGUAAGCUCCAUCUUGUGUAGAGAAAGCUUUGCUUUUGUUUAUUAAUCCCAGACUAGAGGUUUUGACCGAGACAA